AUGAACUUCGGCAGCUCCGCGCAGGCAGUAGCAGCAGCAGCAGCAGCAGCAACAGGAUCUGCUGCUGCUGCUGCUGCUGCUCUUGGAGUUGGUGUGGGGCCCCCUGCAGCGCAGCAAAAAGUACCUGAGCCCUCUGCAUGCUUUUUGCUGCCUGAUGGAUGGGGGUACCUAAGGGCCCCCCUAUCUAGGAGGAUAAACAGCAGCAAGGAAGCAGCAGACAAGCUGCAGCAGCAGCAGAAGCAGCAUCAGCAGCAGCUACAGAAGCAGCAGACACAACUGCAGCAACUGCAGCAGCAAUUCGCCAUGUUAGCAACAAAACAGCAGAAUGGAGCGCAGCAGCAAACCAUCCGUCAUGCUAAGCUGCAGGACAGGCAGGUGCAGCAGCAGAUGCUGAUGCAGCAGCAGAUGCGUAUACAGCAGCACAUGCAGCAGCAGCAGCAGCAGCACGGCAGGCAGCAGCAGCAGCAGAUGCACCUCCAAGCAGCAAAAGCCAAGCAGCUAAAGGAACACUUAAUUUUUCAUCAACAGCACUUACUAAGAAGACAGCAGCAGCAGCAGCAGCAGCAGCAACAGCAGCAGCAGCAGCGGCUAGCACAGAAAGUGCAGCAACAGCCUCAGCUGCCCUUGCAGCACCAGCAGCCGCAACAACAGCAGCAGCAACAACAACAACAACAACCACAACAGCAGCAGCAGCAGCAGAAGCAGCAGCCAGUUCACUAUGCACAGUUGCAUGCAAUCAAUGUGCAGCAGGGCGCACAGCGACACCAACAGCUGCAGAAGCAGCUGCAGCAGCUGCAGCAGCAAAACCAGCUGCAGCAACAGCAACAAAAACAGCUGCAGCAACAGCAACAACAGCUGCAGCAACAGAAACAGGUGCAACAGCAGCAGCUGCACCAACAGCAGCUGCAGCAACAGAAACAGCUGCAGCAGCAUCAGCUGCAGCACCAACAAAUGCACCAGCAGCAGCUGCAGCAACGGAAACAGGUGCAGCAGCAACAGCUGCAGCAACAACAGCAGCAGCAACAGCAGCAGCAACAGCAACAGCAGCGGCACCUUCCCCUAAGAAGGAAUGGGCUGCAAGCUGUCCUCUGUCGCAGCAGCGUAGCGCCUGCUGCAGCAGCAACUGCAGCAGCAGCAACUGCAGCAGCAGCAAAGGAACGGACAGGAAGCAAAUGCCAACCCCACAACCGCACAAUCGACGAGGGAGCAAAGCAGCAAAAAGAACAGCAGCAGCAGCAACAGCAGCAGCAGCAGCAACAGCAGCAGGUACUAAUCGAGACAAAAACUUCAACAACAGUUCAACUAGAUGAUCAGCAGCUGCAGCAGCAACAGCAACAGCAGCAGCAACAGCAACAACAGAAGCAGCAGCUGCAGCAAAAGGACGGAGUAGCUGGGGAAAUUCCUAUACUCUGCCCCAGCAGCCGUAUCCGCAGCAAGAGCAGCAGCAGCAGCAGCAGCAGCGACAGCAGCAGCAACAGCAGCAACAGCAGCAACAGCAACAACAGCAGCAGUGGGGCAGUAUGGUGCCCAAGCGAUCAUCCACCCCCCAACAGCAGCAGCAGCACCAGCAUUGUCCCCGUGCCUAGCAGCAGCAACAGCAGCAGCAGCAACAAUAACAACAGCAGCAGCAUUAUCCCCAUGAGCAGCAGCAGCAGCAGCAGCAGCAAUGAGGGAUUAGAUUGGCAAAAAGGGAGUGUUUGUGUAUCAACAACAGCUGCCCCCCCUCCUCCUCCGCUUCCUGCUCCUACGCCUCCCCCACCCCCUGCUGCAGCAGCAGCAGCAGCAUUAUCUGCUGCUGCUGCUGCUGCUGCCUGCCCUAGAGAACGUACACUAAUAAUUAUAGACUAUGAUGAUACAUUGCUGCCUACUAAUUGGCUGUCUGUACAGCACAAGAUAGGACUAAGGGACGAGGUACCUAAUAGUAUAGCAGCAGCACUGCAGCAGCUAUGCAUGCAUGUAGUAUAUACACUACAAUUAUGUGCAGCAGCAGCAGCAAGAGUAUGUCUUGUUACUAAUGCUAGUAAGGAAUGGGUACUUAGAUCUGCUGCUAAAUUUAUGCCUCUGCUGCAGCAGCAGCUGCAGCAGCAGCAAAUCACUCUUGUGUCUGCAAGGGAUUUGCUGCAGCAGCAAGGACUGCCACAGAAGCUAUGGAAGAUAAGGGUAUUUACGGAUAUAGUGCAGCAGGUAUUGGGGCCCCUGCUGCAGCAGGGGCCCCAGGGGGCCCCUUGCUGUCUACUAUCCAUAGGGGACGGUAACGGGGAGAGGGCUGCAUGCCUACAGCUAUGCAGCAACUAUAAGGAGACAAAGGGACUAUUUAAAUCCCUAAAGUUGCUGCAGCAGCCAACUUGCAUGCAGCUGCUGUCGCAACAUUUGCUGCUGCAGCAAGCAUUCGUAGAGAUACUGCAGGUACACCAGAGUCUAGAUAUGACGGUACUUGAUUACAAGACACAGGAGCAGCAGCAGCAGCAACAGCAGCAGCAGCAGCAAAUGCAACAGCAAAUGCAGCAGCAGCAGCAGCAAGGAGGGGAGCAGCAACAGGGAAUGGUGAUUAAUGGGGAUGGAGAGCAGCAGCAGAUGCAGCAGCAACAACAAAUGACAUGCUUAAAGACUACAGUUAAUCACACGCAGCAGCAGCAGCAGCAGCAGCAGCAGCAGCAGCAACUGCAGCAGCAAAUGCUGCUGCAGCAGCAGCACAUGAUGAUUCAAUCACCUGGGGAAGGGGAGGGACUUACACUGCUGCAGCAAGUGCAGCUGCAGCAGCAGCAAAUGCAGCAGCAGCAGCAGAACAACGGGAACAAAAUGACAGAAUUGGUACACCAUAAACAGCUGUCAACACAAUCAGCAGCAGCAGCUGCAGCAGCAGCAGCAGCAGAAGCAGAAGCAGCAGCAACUGCAGCAGGAAAUACAGAUGAUUUUAUUGACAAAAUAAGUGCUGAACUAGCACAGCAGCAAAACGAACCCUUACCUACACAAGGUACUAAGUUGGGGGCCCCCAAAGUAGGGGGCCCCCUAGAUGUUGGUGGCCCCUUAGAUGUUGGGGGCCCCUUGGGAGUCCCUUUAGGUGGGGCCCCUCUAGUUACGGGGCCCCCCUUGGGGGCCCCUCUUGGGCCUCAACUCUUAAGGCUUCAAAACUAG